AUGACUACCACGGUUUCAAUAUUUAUAAAAUGGGAGCCAUCAUUAAAAGCAGGCCUAUUUGAUGAAUUUAUUAAGGAAAUAAAGCGCUUGCUCUGCGACCCAGACGAGCACCGAAAGUUAAUCUGCGAUCUCAUCUCCUACCUGUCGACAAUCAAGUCCUACAAUGAUGAAAAGUAUACAGAAGUCUUCCAGAGCUUCAUCAUGAAGAUCGUCAUAAAGAUGUUGACUGACACUAAAAUUUCUCUUGGUAUUAAAGAAAAAUAUGAAAGCUAUAAUAGUUUCCUGCAAUUAAUUAACGGAAUGUUGUUGGAUAAAAUAAAUAUCAAGAAAGUCAAUACGAUUUCAGAAAAAGAAAUCAAGCAGCUUUUCGAUGCGUUCCGUAAGUCAGUAUACGAAAAUGUUGAGAUUAAUGACUGUUUGAAACUAUACGAGCAGAUAUGCUUAAUUUUCUUACGACCAGUUUCUGCGUUCGACAAAGUUACCGUCGACACUGUUGACAAUUACAUCCAAACAUUCAAUGAAAUUGUUCAAAAAUACGGUAUCCAGAACGCAGUCAGUAAAAAUUUGAACCAGGUAUCAGUGCUGCUUAAAUUCGUCUUUAUUUACUGGCAAAAGUAUACCGAAACAGAAGAAGAAUUUGAAAUUCCUGUAAAAUUGAUACCCAAGCUUCUGAGCUUGAUAAACCAUCAGGCUGCUUUAUUUUCUCAAUUAGAAAUUUCAUCCUGCUAUAGAUGCUCGUCAAACAAGUGUAAUGUCAAUAAAGACAUUUACAAGACUAUUUUAAUUAAAAUUAGAAUUCUCUCGUUAUUAACCCAAAUCGAGGCGACUUUAAAAUACUUCCGACAAAUCGGAUUAUCUCUUUUUAAAGACUGCAUCAACAUCGUCUCAGAAUUAAAAGAUAAUGAUUGUGAAUUUUGGUUAAAAAGUUGGAGUUUAUGUAGCAGCGCAAUUUUCCGUCUUAUUAUUCAGUACCAUGAUAAUUACUACGAAGAUUAUGUUCUUUUCAGUGAAUUACUAUGCACCAAGAUCAAGAGCUUCGGAGUGGAGACGCUUUUCAAGCCAGAAGAAAAUUUCUUGGCUAUUUGUUUACAUCGACUUGGAUGUACACACUACCGCAACAAAAACUACAAAGACGCUAUGGAGGUCGCAUCUUUGAGCGCGUAUGUAGGAUUAAGUACCGGACAAAAUUCAUCUUUUCGUACCUGGGCAAAUUGUAAGUCCCAGAACCCAUCAAAACAAUCUAUAACGAUGGUAGAAUGUCUGGAGUCGAGCAAUUUUGCUGCACGUUUUGGAAUAACGAUUUCGCUGAACAAUUUUGAAAAAAAGCAACUAACUUUGCUAGAAAUCAAAUUCUUGGAGAACUGCCCCAUGAAUAUGGUUUCUUCAAUCAUUGUAUCAAUCAAAUUUUUGGAAAAGUUAAAUCCUGAUACAAUCGAGUACGCCCAGGCGAUCCACAUGCUCAGCUACCAUCAACUGAAUAUUGAAAAUUUACAACUUUCUGGAGAAUUCCUGACAUCCGCAAAGUUGAAGUUCAACAAGGUAGAAUUCACUUCAUCGAGACAGUUAAUUUACUCAAUUUUAUUAUUUUACUCAUUUGCCGAAAAACUUGCCGACAUUUGCAACACUAUUAAAACUCAGAUGCUAACAUCGACCAUGCAAGGUGACUCCACGAGCAACGUCGAUCUAGAUUACAGCCUGAUGAACAUCACCAUUUUCUCAGACUUGGAAGCAUCUUUAAAACAAGUGCUAGAAUGCUGGGCUACGUACUGCGAGCAAGAAGGCCUCAUCGAGAGUUUCGGUAAAUUUCUAACCCCCAACAUGAUGAUAAGGCUCGUGAUCAUGGCCGGGGAAUAUGCCAAAUUCUAUCACUUUCUCGGAGCAGAAAUAUCUGCAUGGAAGCUGGCGAUGAGCUUAGCAAAAAAGUUCAAAGACGACCUGUCUAUAAUAUACAUUUGCGCUCGCGGCAUCAUGUCAAAGUAUCUGAACUUCCAGUGGAUCGCCCUCGCCGAGCAGUCUGCUGAUAAAUUAAAAGACUCGAACGAUGAAGAAAUAAUCGAGAGUAUCAUAUUGUUCAAAUUGAGCUUGUCAACCUAUUAUUAUAAUCUUGGGUAUAUCAAAAAAUCUAAUAAUUUAUUUCAUAAAACGUUAAAAAAUCUUCUAACAACAUACAAAGAAAUUUAUCCUGCGUAUAUCUACGCAAUGGAUAUAUUAUUAGUCCGAAUGAUAUACGACAACUGCUGCAUUGAACUUGAGUACAAGAAGGCGAUCAUUGAUUGUCUUGAUGGUGUACUACAAAAGCAAAAUAAUUUUUUGUCUUUGCAUAACCUUCCUCAAGGAUACCUGCUCUACAAAUUGGACAUUGCUCUCGAUUUCAUGAGUCAUGUGUCACAGAGCAUAAACAGUCUGAAGUCUUACGAGCAGAUAUCUAUGUACUUUACACAUAGUUUGAGAACAGUUCAUCAGUUAGGAUCCACUCUCCGCGUAGCAGAGUGUCUGAAGAAUCUCUGUUUUGUGAAUUUGUGGUGUAAUCAACUAAAGGACUGCGAAGUAAAUCUCCAGAAACUUAAGAGUAUUUUAAAGCUGGACUCGUCUAACUUUGAUGAAGGUACUAACUCAAAAAACGAUGUCAAUAUCGUUUGCGACAACUCUCUGAAACCGGUUAAAGUGGUCCGUGAUAUUCCACAAAGUGACGCAUCAGUAGUGUUAUUAACAGAAACAUUUUCUUCACUGGGUCUUAAGAAGCACGAUAAGAAUUGUAAGUGUUUUAACUGUUUUAAAUGUGAAAACUUUGCUUACAACUACUAUGUAUUUUCUUACACGCAUAUAAGUGCUAAGCUUUACGCGGCGCUGAAUAAUGUAGAGCAAGCGGUGGAUCAUUUUUACGAAGCUAUGGAGAUUGUCAAGAAGCUAAUUGAUGCCCAGGUGGAGAAUUUUGAGACUAUUUCCCUGUGGUAUAUGCAUUUUGUGCUUUUUCUAUUAGACUUUGCAAAAUUUAUCAAAGACUCAAAAUCACAAACAGGUGCUGAUACUCAAAGUAUCAUUGACUAUGCAAUAAGUAUCUGCAUAAGAUAUAACAUUAAAAACCACCUGAUUUAUUUAAGGGUAAAAGAGCUGGUGUCUGAAGAUGAUUUUCAAAAUAAUUGUCCUGAUUAUGCUGGUUAUGGUGUUUUAUUUGUGGCUCCGGAUGCUGAAGAAGAGAUUGUCAGUAAAAAAAUGACAUUCGAGGGUGAUGUAUGUACACCUGUCAGAGAAGAGGAUAAAACUUUUGUCAGAAUAACUCCGCCAGGUACCACAUUCAGCAAUGUGACAAGUAAUGACACAGCUGAAUUGAGAAGACCACCAAGCUUAAAAUCACCAAGCUUCAAAUCACCAAAAGCUAAGCGGAUUAAAGUUAGAUCAGUUAAAAAUUUAAAUCUGAAUCUAAAAGUGAUUCCCAGCAAGAUUCCGGUAAGAACUACCAAAAGAUCAGUGCCGAUUCACAAGCCAGAUCAAGACGAAGCGGCGAAAGAGGAAUCCGUUCCCAAAAAAUUUUUCAAAUACCGAGUAUUUGAAUUAAGUCCUAAAAGAAGACCAAUUCUAACACCAAGCAAAUGGAAUUCAAAAAGAAUACUUGGGAGCUGGGUAGGAACAUCAGACCCCAAUCAGGAUAAAAAUUUCAAUGAUUAUGAUGAUAAUGACCUAGAACUUGAAAAAGACUUGAAUAUAUUUCGACGAGAUAAGAACGGAAAUGAUAAUGUCGUAAAUGUGAAGAUGGACCAGCCGCCAAUUGGAUCUUAUAAUUACAGCAUGUCAAAAUAUUGUGAUCCGGAUACUGAAGACACGUGCUUAAUAGUAUCUGCGUCUAAAUACAGAGACAUUAAUAAUACACCUAUGGAGAUUUGGAAGUUUAAUUUGUCAACUUUACAGUGGGGACUUAUUGAUAGAAUUGGAAUCUUUGUUAAUCAACAACGCGUCAGUCGCUGGGCCUACAUCACUCCAAAUGGUAUAUUAGUCACUCGCGAUGGAUUAAUAGUUAAAGAUCCUCAAAAUUCACUCGCAAGAAUCCACCGAGAGUAUAUUUACACCACUUGGACCAGAUUUGUUGACAUUUGUUGA